AUGGCGUCAGUGGCAUAUGACAACAUUAAUUGGGAUUUCCUUAUGUAUGUGUUGGAUCUUAUGGGAUUUGGUAAGACUUGGUGCCAAUGGAUCAAGUUUUGUGUAUUGACUGUGCGGAUGUCUGUUCUGAUUAAUGGGACUCCAGCGGGGUUUUUUCCGACGCAAUGUGGCCUUCGGCAAGGGGACCGUUUGUCACCUCUGUUAUUUCUUUUAGUGAUGGAGGCGUUGUGUAGGUUGUCGGGUAGAGUUGUGCGUGGGGGUCUAUUGAAGGGCUUUGUGGUGGAAUCGUUGUCUGGGGCUUCUGUUGGUGUAUCUCAUCUAUUAUAUGCAGAUGAUGCUUUGAUUUUCUAUGGGGCUAAAGUGGAGCAGGUAGGACAUUUGAGAUGUGUUUUGUUAUGUUUUGAGGCAGUUUCAGGCCUCCGGGUUAGCUUGAGGAAGUCAGAGCUCAUUGCAGUUGGGAAGGUGGACAAGCUACCAGUUUUAGCUGCAAUCUUGGGUUGCAGGGUGUCCGUUUUGCCAGUAUCUUAUUUGGGUUUGUCGUUAGAAGCUUCAGUUAAGGCAAAAGGGGUAUGGAAUGGAGAGGUGGAAUGA